AUGUUUCAGCGGAUCCCGCAAGAAGAAGACAGGGAAGAAGGAGGAGGAGAAGCAGACGGCGGCGAAGUGAAUUCGUCCACAGAUGCGCGAUGGAGAUCACCACGAUGCCGCAGGCCAUGCAGCUCCAUGCGCAGAUCGUCAAAUCGCCCACUACCACCGGCCCCGACCUCAACCUCUCCAAGCUCUUCACCUUCUCGGCUCUCUCCCCCCACGGCGACCUCAGCUACGCUCGCCUCAUCCUCGACUCGCUCGCCGCCCCGAACUCCUACUACUUCAACACCAUGAUCCGCGCCUACUCCCAGAGCCCCGACCCCGACCACCCUCCCCGUGCUCUCUCCCUCUUCCUCUCCAUGCUCCACGACCCGGCCCGCCUCGCCCCCGGACCCGACAAGUUCACCUACCCUUUCGUAUUCAAGUGCUGCGCUCGCUCGAGGUCGACCCGCCUGGGAAAGCAGGCGCACGGGUUGGUCGUCAAGUCGGGUCUCGCUUCGGAUCAGUAUAUAGAGCAUGCCCUGAUCCAUAUGUACUCUGCUUGCGGCCGGUCGGCUUGUGCGUGUAAGGUGUUCGAUAGAAUGUCGCGGAGAGAUGUGGUCUCGUGGACUUGCAUGAUCGAUGGGAUGGUUGACGAUGACAGUCCUGUGGAGGCGAUCAGGUUGUUUGAGAGGAUGAGGAAGGAAGGAGUCGGGGUUAAUGGUGCGACUGUUGUCUCGGUUUUGAGGGCAUGUGCCGACACCGGGGCGUUGGAAAUGGGGAAGAAGGUACAUGAGAUUGCUAAGGAGAUAGAGAUUGAUUCGAAGGCUAAUGUCAGCACCGGACUCAUCGAUAUGUACGCAAAGUGCGGGGAUUUAAACAGCGCGAGGCGAGUGUUUGAUGACAUUGCAGAAAAGGAUGCUUUUGCUUGGACAGCGAUGAUAUCCGGCCUGGCCAGUCAUGGGAAGUGCACGGAUGCCAUCGAUUUAUUCCUCGAGAUGAGGAAAAUGGGCAUAAAACCAGAUGAGAGGACGAUGACCGCAGUUUUAUCGGCGUGUCGAAAUGAGGGCUUGGGUAAUGAAGGUCUGCGGUACUUCAAGAACAUGAGAAGGAAAUAUGGGGUAAGACCAACAAUUCAUCACUAUGGAUGUAUAGUGGACAUUCUCGCAAGAGCAGGGCAAUUGGAAGAAGCUGAAGAGUUCAUAAGAAAGAUGCCAAUUGAACCAGAUGCGGUCAUGUGGAGAACUUUGAUUUGGGCUUGUGAUGUUCAUGGAGACAUAGAAAGAGGCGAACGCUUAAUGAAGCAUCUCCAACUCUCGGAGACGAAUGCUGAUGAUUGUGGGAGCUAUGUGCUAAUCAGCAACGUCCACGCGUCAGCCGGAAAAUGGUGUGAUAAGGCGAGGGUUAGUGAAUUGAUGGAUAAGAAGGGACUCAGGAAACCGCCAGGAUCCAGUAGGAUUGAGAUUGAUGGGUUAAUUCAUGAAUUUGUGGCGGGAGAUUCAAGUCACCCUGAAGCGGAGAAGAUAUACGAGAAAUUGGAUGAGAUUGAAGAGAAAUUGAUCGAAGAAAGGUAUAGUCCCAAACUUUCGCGGGUACUGCUCGAGAUAGACGAUGAGGAUAAAGCAUUUCAGUUGCGCCAUCACAGCGAAAAGCUUGCCGUUGCAUUCGGGUUGAUUAAGACCAAUCCGGACUCCGAAAUACGGAUAGUGAAGAACUUGCGGUCUUGUGAGGACUGCCACGCGGUGAUGAAAUUGCUGUCCAAGAUAUACCGGACGGAGAUAAUAAUGAGGGAUCGCAUACGCUUCCACUAUUUCAGGCAUGGGGAAUGCUCUUGCGGCGACUGCUGGUAAUGCCGGAUCAUUCCAGUUUCUUAGGAAAGUGGAAAGGGAUCAAAGAACCCUUCUUAGCAGUCCUUUUGACUACUGACGAGAGAUGGACGAGACUUGGGAAAUAUUUUGCAGCUGAGAAUGUGGACAGGUUUUACGCCAGAACUUGGGGGAAAGAAAGGUUGGGCUGCCCAUAUAGAUGACGGCUCAUGAAGUCCCCUCUUCACCAAUUUCUUCAUUGAUUUCUGGCUUUGAAGAGAUGUGCUGCAUUGCAGCGCAGCCUCAGAGCACACACAAUCACCAACACUUCAUAAGCGACAUAGGAAUUAGGAUGAACUUUUCAUUGCUGGAUGACAUUCUCUCAAGUUUUAAGCAAGUCAAAAGCGAGCAACAUCCCUUUGUUAUUUCAA